AUGGACGCCCUGUUCGACUCAAUCAACGUCCGAGAGCUCCUGUCGGCGCAGGACCUCAGCGACCCCACCACCCCUCUGUCCGCACCGGAUCUCCGCCUCCUUAUCCAACGACUCGACUCCCACUCGCUCCAAAUUAAGUCGAAAAUCCAAUCCUACCUCCUCUCUCACCACAACGACUUCGCCAACCUCUUCUCCGUCUGCGACGACGCCGUUUCACGCUCCAAUCGAAUCUCCGACGACGUCGUUCAGCUUCUGAGUUCGAUUUCCGACCGUCCGAUUGAGGCGGAGAUCGGGAAGAUUAUGAAGCAGAUGAGCGCCACGACGAAAGAGGUGAGGGAGAAGAAGGGAUUGUUGGAGUUGGUGAGGGCAAUUCUGGAAAUAAGUGAGAAGCUGAAGGGUGCCAGAGAGGGGUUGAGGAAUGGACGGCUGAGAUUCACAGCUGAGGAACUGAGGGAGCUCAAGAAGGCUCUUAGGGUGUCUGAUGAUGAUCGGGUUGAUGAGAGAGAGCCUGUGGUUUACAGCUUGCUGAGGAAACAGUGGUCAGAGUGCUUUGAGGAGAUUCAAGAGGUGCUUGUGAGGUUCAUUGGAAAUGCGGUGCGGUUUGAACGGGAAUCUAAUAGAAUCCGAGUCAAGUAUGUACUAAGCGUCGAUGGAAAUGAUGGGAUUGAGCUCCGUACAGUUUUGGAAGCUUUGGAUGUGGUUGGAAUUUUGGAUUAUGGGCUUGCUAAAGUUGCCGACUUGAUGAUCAAGCAUGUCAUCUCUCCGGCUCUAAAUUUUGGAGCUCCUGUGUCCUUUGUGGCAGAAGUAAAUCCAGACUCACAAGUAAUUACUGAGGCGACACUGAACAUUGUACCUUCAAGUGAUCCUAAGAUUGAAAAAAUGGAUGGUGAGAUUAUCUACUCAGGGAUUAUUCAGGUUAUCAAGUUUAUUAACAACCACAUUUGCCUUAAAGAUGUAUCUUGGAUUCGAUGCUUUGGAAGAUUGACAUGGCCAAGGAUUUCAGAGUUAAUUAUUUCUAAUUUUCUUUCUAAGGUUGUCCCCGAAGAUGCUUCAAAACUUGCUGACUUUCUGAAGAUCAUCAAAUGUACUUCUGAGUUUGAGACUGCAUUAAGGGAAAUGAAGUUUAUUUCAGCAUCUGAUAACAAAGAUAAACAACUGAGCAAUUUUGCCGAAAAUGUCGAGGUUCACUUCGCAUCCAGGAAGAAGACAGAAAUCUUGGCAAAAGCUAGAAAUCUGCUUCUACAAUGUGAUUUUGCUGCUCAAGAGUAUACAAGGACUGGUAAGAAAGAUGGCGUUGCUGCCGAAACUCCAGGUCAUGUUGACUUGCUAUUCCUGUCAGAGAGUUGUGUGGUGUCCAAAGCAGCAAUUCAACUAAUGAAGCUAGUGCAUCAGACACUUAAGGAUGUUUGCUUGUCAUCCCCAAGAGUUGCUUUUGAGUUCUAUCGUGCUGCAAGGGAUGCUCUACUUCUCUAUGAAGUUGUGAUUCCUGUUAAGCUAGAAAGGCAGCUUGAUGGAAUCAACCAGGUUGCUGUUCUUAUGUACAAUGAUUGCCUUUAUAUAUCUCAAGAGAUACUUGGGCUUGCUUUUGAGUAUCGCUCAGACUUUCCGAGUUCCAUCAAAGAACAUGCUAUGUUUGUUGAUAUGGCUCCAAGAUUUCAUCUAAUGGCAGAGGAAAUACUUCAGAGACAAAUUAAACUUGUUAUUCAUAAUUUGAGAGAGGCUCUAGAUGGCGCUGACGGAUUCCAGAAUACCCAUCAAAUGCAACAAUUUCAAUCUGCAAAAUUCAGCAUAGAUCAGGUUGUAUUCAUUCUGGAGAAGGUGCGUAUGAUAUGGGAGCCACUCUUGUUGGCUUCAACUUACAAGAGAAGCAUGUGUAUGGUCCUAGAGUCGGUUUUUUCUAGAGUCGCAAAGGACAUACUUCUUUUGGAUGAUAUGGCAGCAGAUGAAACAUUAGAGCUUCAAAGACUGAUUCAUGUGAUGCUGGAAAGCCUAAUUUCUUUGCUGGACGGCCUGGCCGCUCUCCAAGUAGUGAAGUCACAAGAGGGCAUCACUUGCACUCUUGAUGAUCUUGUACCCUCAUUACGUAAAAUUCGUAAACUGGCAGGCAAAUUUAUUAGACAUGCCUCUAAAAUCCAUUACAACAGCCUGGGAAAGUGGACAAUUGCACAGUUGUGGUUUUACGAUGUCGGAGGUGGUAGAUUUUAUCAAGGCCAUAUUUCAAGAUUCAACUUUGAGAAGAGAAUGCUUAGGGAGGAUAAAUGGCGACUUUUAAAAGGCCCAUUCAACUUUCCAAGAAUUUCAACUAAGGAAUGGCCGUUUUGA